AUGUCCGUUGCGCAGGCACUAAGUUCCGACGGACACGUCUGUAUAUACGAAAAUAAUUCUUUGUUACCUCCGGGAGUUAAAAAAUGUUGUACGGUCGACCCAGUCAUUAAGAAGGAGUUCGAGAGCCAGUUCCUUGAGGCAGAGGUUGAUUGGAUACCGGCAAUGUUCAUUCCCUUAACGGCAAAUCGUGAGAAAUACCAGUGCCGACCGCUUAACAAUAAACCUCAGCCGAGCGGCAGAGCUCUCUGGUACGGAGUCUUGAGUACUGAUGAGCCAGAUGGUAUUCUUUGGACUCAACGCUGCAGCUCUGAUGCAAACUCUCGGAAGCUAGCUCAGGCCCUGAAAUGCCCAGGUGAUAAUGGGCGAGUUCCCAGGGAGCGCAUGCCUGAGAUGCACUGGUUUUAG